UAUAGUCAGUGUUACAUUCGUGUCUAGCUCGGACCCGAUACUUGGUUUGCGUGUUCCGAGUCUUUUUCGUGGCAAACAGUUACAUUAAUUGCCUAGAAGUGGGAAAUUUUACGAUUUUACAAUACAACUAUACACGACACAUGUAUGAAACACUAUGAAACAGUUCUAUUUGAAUAUUUUCUGUUCUUUUAAUACAAAUAAACUAAUUUAUACUCAGAUUCAUUAAACACAUUCUUUUUCGUGCAUGGAUGAUGUAGUGAAAUUUUAUUCAAGGAAUUAACAAACAGUUUGAUUAAAGAAAGUGUUUCUGAAGAUUUGAACAUCCUGAAAAAUGUUCUGAGUAUGUGAAUUUGGAUAUUUUUCUCUACAACGUGACGACAGGAAAGCCUGGUUCAUGGUGGAUACAAUUCUUAGCUCAAAAAUGUAUGCAACCAAGCGGAGACGCCGCACUGUCAAAAGUGUAAAAACUCCGACAAAGGACCCUCCCAAAAGCAACCCGAGCAAGCGUCAUCGGGAACGCCUAAACGGGGAGCUGGAUCAUCUAGCAUCACUCCUGCCGUUCGAACAGAGCGUCAUCUCCAAGCUUGAUAAGCUGUCCAUAUUGCGUCUUGGCGUUAGUUACCUACGAGCCAAAAGUUACUUUCAAGGUAAUAAAACGGUGUUGCCGGGGAGCCGUUACAGCUUGGACGGUCACCACUUGCUGGGGAGGAGCCACCUGUUCUCAGAUCCGGGGUUCUCAGAAGGCGACAGUAUACUACAAGCUUUAUAUGGGUUCCUGUUUGUUGUGACGUGUGAUAGUGAGGUUUUCUACGCCUCCCGCACCGUUGAACAAUACCUUGGCUUUCACCAGUCUGACAUUAUCCACCAAAGUGUGAUGGAGUUGAUCCAUUCGGAGGAUAGAGAUGAAUUCAAGCGCCAACUCACCUGGAAUGCCAUGCUUCCUGCCGAUAAAGCAAAUCUCACUUUACAUGAGGUUAUGAUGCCAGAAAACUACCACUACCUUCACCGAUCUUUCACUGUCAGGUUUCGCUGUCUCCUUGACAACACCUCAGGAUUCAUUACCCUGGAGAUCAGUGGUUGGAUCCGAGUGAUGCAUGGUCAACCUAACCGGAGUGAAGAGCCCCAUCUAGCCCUGUUUGCCACCUGCUGCCCUUUUGGGCCCCUGUCCCUAAUGGAUCUGCCAUCAAGGGAGCUAACAUUCAAGUCAAAACACAAGAUGGAUUUCUCUCCCCUCUCAAUGGACAACAGGGGUCGUAUGAUGUUUGGGUAUGGUGACCGCGACCUUGCCACCAGAUCAGGAUAUGAUCUCAUCCACCCUGACGAUCUCAACUACUUCGCUGCAGCUCAUGGAGAAUUGAUCAAGACGGGCAGUGCCGGCCUUAUAGCGUAUCGUUGGUUGACCAAGGAUCUUCAGUGGAUCUGGCUGCAAUCCAGUUGUAAAGUCAUCUACAAGAAUAGCAAGCCAGACUUUGUCAUAGCAACGCAUAGGCAACUCACGGAGGAUGAGGGUCAGGACCUGUUUCACAAGCGAGGUAACGAGUUUAAGCUGCCCUACCCGCUGCUUGACCUCGACAUGUGCACAGGCUUCGACUUCCCGAGUGACGACCUUGUCUCCAAAAUGAAGGGCAACAGGAGCAAGAAACAGAAAACCCAGGUCCGCGAUUUUCUACAGAAUAACCGGAAACGGAAAAACGGCAAGGAGCCAGUGAAUGGACUGUAUGGGGCAUAUCCUGCGAUAAAUGGUUACGAAAACAGUGAAUAUAAACCCGAGUUCUUGUACCAUUACCCAAGUAAUAACAUAGCGGGCUUAGAGUCUGAUUUGUUGUAUAAUCGCACUCCAGGCUAUGGGGCAUUAGGGAGUUCAAUGUACCCAGGAACUGACCCCUAUAGGAUUGAUGUUGAGAAACAUGGCUACACAAAUGGAUAUUAUCUUGACACACACAGACAGUACCAGCAUACACUGUCAUACCAUGGCAACAGUUAUGCAGAUUUAGUGACGCAAGGAUCUAAGUAUGCAGGCUAUGGCUUGGAUACUUACAGUCUAGAUUUAGCAAAAAAAGUGCACUACAAUGAAGAUUUUAGUCGACUUGACAAUGACUACAAAAAGUAUGGAUAUGACUAUAGACAAGAAUGGUUGUCUCAAAGAUUAAAUGGUGGAAUGGAGCCGGUUGACCUUCGGUCUCCGGCCAUGUAUCCCGGGGGUCUAGAUCCGAGUACUAGUUCCACAUCUUCUCUUAACCCUUCAAACUUGUUUAAAACUGAUUCUUGCCAGAGUUAUCACCCUUCUAAAGACUCCAAGGGAAUAAACUCCCCUGAUGUGCUAAAUACUGUGAACAGUGCUGGUUUACAAUCAAUGAACCAUAGUUCAGUUAUCAAAAACAUGUCUAGUCCGCGGCCAGUGGUUCAAAACCGCUGUUCUAGUGUUGAGAACUUAAACAGUCCCAAUACAAACAAUUACCAACAACAACAGCAGCAGCAACAACAACAGCAACAACAACAACAGAUGCGAGGCAAUGUUAUUCACAAUGGAUCUACAUGGUCUCAGUGUGUUAAAACUGGACAGUCUCUAAACCCAAGCCCGAUAAGCAACACUCACUCAGAGAGCGGGAGUAGCCCUAAACAUGGGCUUGAAAUGGGCAUACGAGACAUCAACCGGAACCAUCUGGAUAAAGGUGACAUGGUGGGCACAGAGAGCCCAAUGUCGGGCUCCACGCCCGCCUCCGUCAUUCACUCCUCUAUGUCUUACAAGAGCUUACAUGACAGAUCCUGUGAGAAGCAGCCGCUGGUUGGGGGAAUUCCCGUCCCGGUGGUGAAAUCCCCUUGGAUGACCCAGUUCCCCGCGUCACAUAAUGCAUACCCUGAAUACAAGGACCCAUGGCCCGUCCCAACCAACGACAUGUAUGCAUACCAGAGAUCAUCACUUACACAUCCACCGAAGAUCGCCAUACCUUGACCACAGCUACAAGUGUCUAGUCAUGACGUUUAUAUAAAAAUGCAAACAAUUUAAAGGGCUUACUUUAGCCAAUGUGCAAGAAUUACACCUUUGGUACACAAGCUUUGGUACACUUUAAAUAUUUUCAUCAUGUUCAUGAUACCAAUGUGACAACGUACAUGUGGACUGGCUUGAAGUGAUAUGUCAUCUAGGUAGCGAUACCUGAAGUUGUUAUAAUGUUGAAUAAAAAAAAUGUCUAAGCAAUAAAAAAAUUGUAAAUAUCAUUUUUAUUCAAGCCUUAGGAAUUUUAUGAGAGUCUGGAGGAAAUGACUUAGAUGUAUAGGCAAAUGCUUGGCUUUUUGCCAGUGUUUUGUUAAAAUAUCCAUUGAAAAAACACAACGUUUUUACCUUAAUAUCAGCAAAUAAACCAGAAUAAACCGGAAUUUAGUUGAUAACAUUUCUUUUUGAACGUCAUGUACAUGUAAUCAAAUAGCCAAACAUUUAAAAUUAAUUCUUAGAAAAGUGCUGAAUUGUGAUCAAGGUUGAAAUAACUCUGUAAUAAGAAAACGGAAUCAUUGUAUGGACACAUAUUCUGUAUCAGUAUGUAUUGUUGUUCACAAUUUUCACAACUGAACACUAUGUUUGAUAUUGUUCUAUCACACAAGGCCAAGGAUAGGAGUUCAGUUAUCAAUGCCAAGGGAUGAGAGUGGUCUAGUGGUAUAGAUGUCCGCCUCUCACCCAAGAGGUCAUGGGUUCGGUUCCUUGUUUCUGUCAAGGAAACAGACUCGAGAGUGAUUCUAUCAGCUCAGCUUUCGUCACAAGCUAAAAUAAAUUAGUAUAUAACAACGCCAAAGACAUUUCGUAAAGAACAAAACAGUUUUUGUUAGUUCUUGGCUUAGUUCUCUAACAUUUUUUUUGAAAAUUGUUAAACUUGCAUGGUAAAUUAAUUUUAUUUUUUUAAUAAAUGAUAAGUGUUGAAGUUAUUUUAUAACCUUAUCUUUGACAAGUUACUGUAAUAAAAGCACUACACAUGUAUUGCCAAAAUAUGUUAAAUUCUUGCCAUGAAAACCAUACGUACUUCCAACAGAGAACAUAUUUAUAUCAAUAUUGUUCCUUUGAAUGUUUUAUUGUGUUAUUUUGUAUAAUAAACAUUAUAAUUAAUUAUCUGUUUCACAGUAAAUGCAUUGCAUGAUUCGUCGAAAAUCAUUGCACGAAAAAGUAAAUUAAAAUAACAAUUAAAGACAUUUUGAACCGUUUGCCACCAUGUUAUCAACGAAUGCAUCAUACUAUCGCUAUAUUUAUAAUAAAUAAUAAACAUUUGAACCGAAAGUUAAUCAAGUUGUUAACAUUCGUGUUGUUAACUUUCAAUCUUUACUGCUCUGGAAGGUUCAUGAAUACACUUGAUUUCUGCAGCAUUUCUAACGAGACUUGAUUCAAGUGUUUCAACUGUACGUAUUUAAUUUAUUGUAUGAGUGCAUUAUCAGAUAGUUCAUGUUUAAAAGUUAACAACUAUUUCAUUUAUCAUGUUGUUAACUUUAAUAGAGGUCUGAACAAUAGGCCCAAUAUCUAUUUCGAUAAUAUAAGUUUGAUAAGUCAGUUAAGACAAAGUUUAUUUGAUAUAGGCAGUAAAACAAUGAAUUAAUUUGUAGUUUCAAUUUAAUAAUUAGUGAAAUUUAUUAAUCUUACAAUAUUUUGUUGUUCAUUCAGUGGUAAAAGAGCCCCUUUGGGAGAAUAAGGAGUAAGAAACAAUAUAAAUGCGUUGUCUAACUGUAUUUCAUGCCCAUGAGUUUUAAAAGUAGUUGUACAUAUACCCACAGACAUAUGUCGUUAUAAAUCAUGAGUUCUUUACGUAGGGGCAGAUUGAAUGCUUAACUCUUGUGCAAUAUUGUCACAUGUAUAUACCAUUGCCAAAAUAUUUGUAUAAAUUGUCAAAUAUUGUAUAAUUUUGUUAAUAUGUGUAUAUCGCAUUUGUUCAUUUUUUGUGAUAAAUAUUUUGUAAGCAAUGUUUGUUUUUUCAACUACUAAAUUAUUUGCAAUCAUCAUUUCAUCACUUACAAUUUAGCUCGUUUUUAAGAAAAAAGGUCUUGGAAAAAACUGCUUUUGUGAUUGCCUUGGUGUCAUUGCAAAAAAUGUGGGGCAUUUUUUAACCUAAGCCAUAACUCAAAAACCAUUCCAUAUAUUCAAAUCAAACUUGGUACACAUGUUGCCAGAGACAAUUUACCCAUGUAUUGCAAGAUGCAUAACUUUGGCUUUAACAAUUAUUAAGUUAUGCCCCUUGUUCAACUGAAAAACUAGUAACAGAGGAGCACAAGCGGCUCUUGUUUCAUGCUGCAAUGAGGAUGUUAGUUUUCUGAUGUUUAUUUGAGCAUGUAUGUUUUUCGAAAAAGAAGAAACAACCAUUGUCUUCAUUAAUGUUUCCUUGGUAAUGGCGAUGUCAGGAAUAAUAUUUUGGCCAUUUCUUAAAAAAUGUACGCAAUAUGCACAUGAAACUAAGCAAGGCUUUCAAUUGCAUCAUUAGUUAGUGCCCUACUGAUAUGGGUGUCAAGGCCCAUAACUUAAGCUUUGAUAAUGGUUAAAUUAUUCCCCUUGGUCAAAUAAGAAAAACGAACAAGUGCUGCAUCCAGUUGUGGUGAUGGUGAUACUGAUGGUGCAGUUCCUUUUCAAAGCUAUCAAACACUAGGCAAAACUAUGGCUGAAACAUACCUUCAGACUACUGAUAAGUUGCAUUUCUUUGAGUCAUUACUGCCAUUUGCAUAUAUACUAUACCUAGCUUCGAGAUUAAUAUAGUUUUGUAAAUACUAGUUGGCUUAGGUUAUGUGGUUGCACAUGUAUGCCAUGUAUGCGAUGUUGAUUCACGCAUCUUUGUAAAUGUCACAUUCGACCAUUGUUAUUGUAAGAACAUUAUGUCCAUAAUCUAAACAUCUGUUAAAAUAAAUUCAAAUAAAAUUCAAUCAACAAUGA